AAUGGUUUGGAGUGGAGAAGUUGAGUGGGGGGAGGGACAGAGGCUAUACACUUGAUCUGAUGCAAAGCGGCAGAUUUCUCAUUAACUUACCCGCUUGAACAUAUUAAUGUGCAUAUUCUCCCCUCCUCUCUCUCCCUUGGCCCCCCUUCCCUCUCCUGCUCCCUCGCGCUCUCUCCCUCUUAGCUCUCUCUCCCUCGCUUUCUCUUUUUCUCUCUUUUUCAUUCUCAGACUCCCUUCAUAUCAGAAUCGCGCAGAGCGGUGUCCGUGAAGGGAUGCGAGAAGCCAAUGGAACGAGGAACCGAUAGAAGAUGCAAACGAUCGUGAAAACACACAGCAAAAUAUGAAACUUCUCAUUUGCAGCCGAGUAAACAGAAAAACUGGUUGGGAACUGGCACCCUUCACUGGAAUUGUGAUGCUGGAACUCUACAGUGGGAACAUGCCUAUGGAAGCUUUAGCUAAGUUGUUUUAACAAAGGCAUACAAACGCAAACCGUUCAGUUUUUGGAAAUCAAGGCUUGGCUGCUGCAUUGUUUGUUACCUCAGUAACUGUGAAACUGACAACUCUCUGAAGAUACUGCGCUGAUAUAUAGACAUUCAAACGCAAACUCUUGAACAAAAUCAGCUCAAACAACAACAUCAAAAAAAUGAGCUCUUAUUUCGUCAACUCUCUCUUCACUAAAUACAAAAGUGGAGACACUCUGCGGCCAAACUAUUACGAGUGCGGAUUUGCUCAGGACCUAGGGACGAGACCCACCGUCGUGUACGGUCCAGGCACCGGGGCCACUUUCCAGCAUGCCCCUCAGAUUCAGGAGUUUUACCACCACGGCGCAUCCACGCUCUCCGCAGCUCCUUACCAGCAGAGUCCCUGUACAGUAACUUGUCACGGCGAGCCGGGUAACUUCUACGGUUAUGAUGCUCUCCAGAGGCAAACGCUUUUCAGUGCUCAAGACGCCGACUUGGUUCAGUAUAGCGACUGCAAGCUCGCCGCGGGUGGCAUCGGCGACGAGACGGACAACACAGAGCAGAGUCCGUCGCCCACACAGCUGUUCCCGUGGAUGCGACCUCAAGUAGCUGCCGGACGGAGGCGAGGCCGCCAGACCUACAGCCGCUAUCAGACGCUGGAACUCGAGAAAGAGUUUCUCUUCAACCCCUACCUAACACGCAAGCGGCGGAUUGAGGUAUCACACGCUUUGGGACUGACAGAACGACAGGUCAAAAUCUGGUUUCAAAACCGUCGCAUGAAAUGGAAAAAGGAAAACAACAAGGACAAGUUUCCAAGCAGCAAGUCUGAACAAGAGCAGAUCGAAAAAGAGAAACGGGAGAAAGAACAGGCAUCCGGGACACAGCCAGCCGGCGAAGACUGCGACAAGGCAAAACAAAUGUAAAGCGGAUGCGUGUGUGUGUGAGAGAGAGUGUGUGUGUGUGUUUGUCUGUACGUGUGUCAGUCAAUCAAAACGGCAAAGAAUAAAUAGGGAAAAUAAAACAGGACAAUGUCGAAGAGAAUAACGGUGUUUGCAUGGGAGGUUUGUCUCACAGAGAGAUUUUAAUCAAGUCGAGUGGUUCCAUCUUUCACUCGAGGAAGGAACAGAAAAAAAAUGACUGGGACUAGACGAAUGACUCUACACUUAAUGUGGUGACCACAGAACUUCAGGAAGACGAAGGACAAGAGGCAUUUCUACUUUUUAACUGUUGUUCAGAGAGUAUGAUAGUGUUAAAGCUAGUCUCCUUUCUUUGUGAAAUAAUUAUCGUGGAACUUAAGUUUCUAUUGUUAGGAUAUUGUCAUUAACAAUUACCUUGGCAGCUGUAUAGUUUUUAAGUUAAAUGGUGCACUUUUAACUGUUCUCACUUAUAUGUUAUGAUGAUGACGUAGAAAUUAAUGACUUCCAACAACAUGAAACUGCCUAUUUAUGCCGUAGAAUCUCUUUUUACACGUCUUUGGUUCUUCUUAAAUCGAUGGUAUUUUUGUUGUCUUCCUUUCAUGGGGUAAGCAUGCGCACAGUGGAUUAUAAAAAUGAAUAAACGUAAUAAAAAAUAAUUUUGAAAAUUAUGUCAUGUGACCCAUGUUUACUAUGAAUCCAAUUGUUGUCGUUCACCUUUACUGAAGUAGAUGACUAUAUGUUUUGUUGUCAUUCUUGACUGUAUUCUAGUGUCUAAAACUGGAGGAAUCCGGCAGAAAUUGGACACAAUAAAGUUUACAAGCGACAAUCCCUGGCA